CACCCGCAUUUGCCACACAUGCUCACUUGAAUCUCGUCCAUGCUCCUUCGAGACUACGCGGGGAUAUUUUAUGGACGCGAUCUGUCUUUGGCUCCCUGCACUCCUUCAACUCUUCCUAAACCUUUCCACCCCUCUAUUCUUAUGAUCCUAUCACGUCACAAUACUGCCCACCAUGAGCAAAUUCGGAGUUAUGGUAAUGGGUCCCGCAGGGGUAGGCAAGUCUACGUUCUGCGCCAGUCUGAUAACACACCUUCAGUUGAAUCGACGUUCUGCCUUCUACGUGAACCUCGACCCGGCUGCUGAGCACUUUGAACACCAGCCCGAUCUUGAUAUCAAAGACUUAAUAUCAGUCGAGGAUGUGAUGGACGAAAUGCAGCUCGGUCCAAAUGGGGGACUGGUCUACUGCUUCGAAUAUCUUAUGCAAAAUCUUGACUUUUUGACUGAGGGCCUGGAGUCGCUCACAGAGGAAUAUCUCAUCAUCUUCGACAUGCCUGGCCAGAUCGAACUGUAUACACAUAUCCCCAUCGUCCCGGACCUGGUCAAAUUCCUGUCACGGCCCGGCGCGCUCGACAUCCGGUUAUGCGCGGCGUACCUGCUCGAAGGAACUUCGGUACUCGAUCAGUCCAAAUACUUCUCCGGCUCGCUCAGCGCAAUGAGCGCCAUGAUUAUGCUGGAGUUGCCGCACAUCAACAUCCUAAGCAAGUGGGACCUGGUUAAGGAUCAACUCCCGAAGAAGCAACUCAAGCGUUUCAAGACACCGGAUACGACCCUAUUGGAGGACGACCCAGCGGAUGUUGCACGGAGGAAGGCGGGCAUUCACAUUGACCCGCAUAAUUGGGAUUCCAAAGAUCAGGAUGCGGUUCUGUCGGGGACUACGUUUAAGCGGUUGAACAACGCGGUGGCAAAUCUGAUCGAGACCUUCAGCCUGGUCGAGUACUUCGAACUCGAUUGUACCGACGAGGAGAGUGUUGGAGCGAUUCUCAGCCACCUGGAUUACGUUAUUCAGUAUCACGAGGCCCAAGAGCCGAAGGAGCCGCCGGAUGAGGAGGAGUAGGAUAGAAAACGGGCGCCUCAGUAAGGCAGAAGGGAAAGAGAGAACAAGGAGGACCGGAAAAGAGAGGGGGGAAGAAAAGGAAAGGGACGAGAGGCGUUCAUAAGAGACGGCAUGGUUCUGUGGCCUCGGUGUUUCGGGUUGCUUAACUUGGUUUCGGCGUCUCAAAAGAACAGCAUUUGCAUGGGGACGGAGUUCGUUUGGGAUAGUUUA